AGUUCCGAUUUACAGCUAGGAAUUAUGGCGCCACUUGAGACAACCUUCCCACCAAUCCGUGCCUGCAUCUUCGACAUGGACGGCCUCCUCAUAAACUCCGAAGACAUCAUCACUCAGUCCACGAACCAGGUAUUGGAGAAAUACUCCAGGCCGCCCUUUACUCGGUCCAUCCGAGCCCAGCUCAUGGGCAUCCCAGACUCCACAAACAGCGACGUCUUCCACGAGUGGGCAAAGCUGCCCAUCUCUCGCGAACAAUUCGCCCGUGAAUCAAGGGAACAAAUGCACAAGCUUUUUCCUACCUGCGAGCCGCUGCCUGGCGCAGAGAAGCUCUUAUCAAAUCUCAGCCGGGCACGGAGCGCUCCUUUGGGGAAGCCGAUUGAGCUUGCAUUAGCGUCAAGCACCAGGACGCACAGCUACGAGCUGAAAAUUUCACGGCCGGAAACGAAACGACUUCUCGACUUCUUCCAUCCAGAUAAACGCAUACUGGGCGAUGAUCCACGUGUUCCAAAGGGUCGAGUGAAGCCAGCUCCCGACAUCUACUUACUUGCUCUCGAGACUCUAAACUCAGCCAUUGGCCCUGACGAAACACCCAUUUUGCCCAGCGAGUGUCUGGUCUUUGAGGACAGCAUCAUUGGGGUCGAGGCUGGGAGGAGGGCAGGUAUGAGGGUCGUCUGGGUGCCCCAUCCGGACCUGGCGGCUGAGUACCAAGGUAGGCAGAAGCUUGUGCUUGCUGGAAGGACGGGGCUGAUAGAUAUUGGGGACGAGUGGCAACUCGGGGAGGUUGACGACGGCUGGGCUGAGUGUAUUCCGAGUCUGGAGCACUUUGACUACGGUAAAUAUGGCAUUGAGGUGCCACUUUAA